AUUGGAUGUCAUAUGUCACGCUCAUGCACGCAGCAGCGUGCUGGGCAGCCGACUGGUGUCGGGUCGGUGCCUCCUUCUGGUGAGCAUGUUGCUGGGCAUCAUGCUGCAGAGCUUCUACACCUCGGCCAUCGUCUCCACGCUGCUGAAGCCCAUCCCCCGGACUAUCCGCUCCGUUCAGGACCUGAUGAGCAGCCCGCUCACAGUGGGCCUCGAGGAGUUCGUGUACAACAGGGCCGUGUUUCAGAACUCCACCGACCCGCUGACGUCCGGCAUGUACAAGCGCAAGAUCCUCCCCGCCUGGAAGGACCGGCCCGAGGGCGCCUUCUUCUCGGCGGCCGAGGGCGUGGUCCGCGUGCGGCGCGGUGGCUUCGCCUUCGGCUCGGAGGCGUCGACCCUCUACCCGCCCAUCGAGAACACGUUCAGCGUCGAGGAGAAGUGCAGCCUGUCCGAAGUGGAGCUGGCUGCCGGCAACGGCAACGCAGCGCCCAUCCCCAAGGAGUCUCCCUUCAAAGAGCUCUUCAGCCGGGGGUACGUCCUGAUGCUGGAGCGGGGCCUGCGCGAUCGCAACAGGAGGCGGUGGUCCGCGCCGAAGCCGUCCUGCAAAGGGGCGAGGAGGGCCUUGACGGCCGUGGGGCUGGACCCCAUCUUCCCCGCGCACGCCCUGCUCCUCCUCGGCCUCGUCUCCGCCUUCUUGAUGCUGCUGCACGAACGCUGCUGCACCCCAACGCCUCGACCAGCCACGUCCGCAACCGCGGCACGCCGUCGCGGCAAAACGGCCAGACGAAAAAGGAAACCCAAAAGAAAGACAAGCAUGGAAGCAUGGGGCACUCUCUCACACUCAAACGGAUGUGCUAAGGAUUUUUCUUUGUCUUAA